GACAACUACCGGCCCUCGACAGCAUCCAAUAUCUUUCACAUCUCGGCCCCGACGAGCCAUCAUCGAUGCAUUAUCACAGCUCGAGCCAUGGCAGCUACAGCCCCCUGGUGCGGGCGGAGCAUCUGCGUUCUCACUUCCGCCGAGCUAGUCCCUGCCACUACACACGCCAACACAUCCCCUGCAUUAGUUUGCCACCACGCGCACUUCAACAGUACCAUUCCCGCGAUGGGCUCGAUGGGCUCCGAGCCGCCGCCGUCCUCGCAUGGCCAUUCGCAGAACGCACAGUCGCAUCCCUUUGCGCUCAACACGUCUUCAAAUGACAGCGGGUCGAACAGCGGCAUCAGCGGCAACGGCUCUCGAGCGUGACUUGCAGCUUGCACCUGUCUGGCCUGUUUAGUUCCUCGAAGGAGUUUGAGGUGGAUUCGAAGGCGAGGCUGAAGCUUCUUAUUGUGCGUGCACACCCUUUAUGCGAUCAGAGGUUACUGACGAAUGUGUA